AUAGUGAAUGCGGGGGUCCAGAGAGAGCGGAUAUAAUGAAUGCGGGGUCCGGAGAGAGAGGAUAUAGUGAAUGCGGGGUCCGGGGAGAGCGGAUAUAGUGAAUGCGGGGUCCGGGGAGAGCGGAUAUAGUGAAUGCGGGGUCCGGGGAGAGCGAAUAUAGUGAAUGCGGGGUCCGGGGAGAGCGGAUACAGGGAAUGCGGGGUCCGGAGAGAAGCGGAUAUAGUGAAUGCGGGGUCCGGGGAGAGCGGAUAUAGUGAAUGCGGGGUCCGGGGAGAGCGGAUAUAGUGAAUGCGGGGUCCGGGGAGAGCGGAUAUAGUGAAUGCGGGGUCCGGG